AUGGCUUUGGCUGCUCCUACUAUUGCUCAAUUUGAAUGGACCGUUGACGUUGCAAGAGAAUUAAUUUGUUUAAGACACAAUAAUCAUGACGAUUUUAAAGGGUUUGCCGCUUCUCCCUCACAAUAUCGAAGAAAAUGGUACUCAUUAAAAUAUGGAUACAAAAAUCUCAAGAG